AUGGCUUUACCACUUCAAACAAAUAACCUUUUAAGUCCCAUCACAAACAACAAGAACAUCCCAAGAAGCCACCAUCAAUCGCAUCUCCGAGUACGUGUCACGUGCUCGGUUACUAACACCAACAAGUUUCAACCUAACCGUGAGAAGCUUGUGGUUAAAAUCCUCCUCUCUACAAUGACCCAACUCUACAAUCGACAUGGACCCACCGCUUAUGGGUUGCAGCGGGAUGCACCACCGUGUUUACCUCUUUUGCCAAGUCUAUCAUUGGAGGGCUCCGGCGUGGACCACUGGGCCAUCGAUAACUACGGUGAUGAGUCAACGCCUUUAAUAGGAACCCAAAUCGAAGCUGCUCAAGGUCACCACAAGUGGCCUUGGACCAUAACCAAACGUCAAUUUGCUAACCAUUCACAUGCUCUAGCUCGAGGCAUAACCUUGACAUAUCUCCCUCUAUUUCAUGCUUGGGCUCAUGAAAGCAAGUGCAAGCUUCCACCUUUAGUGGUGGCGUUGCAAGACAUGGGGUUGCUCCUUUCACGGAAACGGCACGUUAAUCAUCACGGACGACCACCGUAUAAAAGUUACUGCAUAGUGGGGUGA